AUGUCAUCAUCAUCAAACCAAGGCCUCAACGGCAACGUUGUCGGACUCCACUACAGAAUCGGCAAGAAAAUCGGUGAAGGGUCGUUUGGGAUCAUUUUUGAAGGUAUCAACUUGCUCACCAACCAACACGUUGCCAUCAAGUUCGAGCCAAGAAAGUCAGAAGCUCCCCAACUUCGAGACGAAUACCGGGCCUACAGAAUCCUCCAUGGGUGUGCCGGGGUGCCUAGUGCCUACCAUUUUGGCCAAGAGGGUCUCCAUAAUAUCCUUGUCAUUGAUUUACUCGGUCCAUCACUUGAAGAUUUAUUCGAAUGGUGUGGGAGAAAGUUCUCCACCAAGACUACCAUCCAGGUGGCCAAACAAAUGAUUAGCAGAGUACAAUCGAUUCAUGAACGUAAUUUGAUUUAUCGAGACAUCAAACCGGAUAAUUUCUUGAUUGGGUUGCCAAACACUAAGGAAGCCAAUCUCAUCCAUAUUGUCGAUUUCGGGAUGGCCAAAUAUUACCGUGACCCAAAGACAAAACAACAUAUCCCAUACAGAGAACGUAAAUCGCUCAGUGGUACUGCGAGAUACAUGAGUAUAAACACCCAUUUGGGCAGAGAACAAUCGAGAAGAGACGAUCUUGAAAGUUUGGGCCAUGUGUUUAUGUAUUUCUUGCGAGGGUCAUUGCCAUGGCAAGGGUUGAAAGCGCCAACUAAUAAACAGAAAUACGAAAAAAUUGGUGAAAAAAAGCAAACCACCAACGUCGGCGAUUUGUGUCGCGGAUUCCCUGAUUCGUUCGGCGAGUAUCUUAAUUAUGUUAGAAACUUGAGGUUCGACGAAACUCCAGAUUAUGAUUAUCUUAGACAUUUGAUGGAUAAAGGUAUGGACCAGAUUGGUGAGAAAGAAGAUGGCCAUUACGAUUGGAUGGAUCUUAAUGCUGGUAAAGGAUGGGAUUACACCAUCAACAAAAAGCCAAACCUUCAUGGUUAUGGCAAUCCUAACCCUCGUAACAACAGACACCACCAUCGUCAAAGCCAACAACCAACUAAACAACAACAGCAACAACAACCACAACAACAACAACAACAAUACUCUGGGGGUGCUAACAACAAUAAUAAUUCGAAAUCGCGUCUUAGCGUGAUGAAUGGCCAACAACAACCACAACAGUUAUCAUCACAGCCCGUUGCUUCGAAGCAAUAUCAACAACAUGUUGCUGCUGCAAGAACCCCUAGUGGGAUGGUCAAUAAUAACCCACAAAAGGGACCUUCGGGGAAGAAUUACGCCAUGAAUCAACAAACCUAUCCACCACAACCAGCAUCACAAGGGUAUGGCGGAGAUGCUAACCGUCAACACCAAAUCAGACAAAACUUACAACCGGUAAAUGAUCGUGGAGAUGUUGAUUCGGUGAAUUCUGGUGAAAAGACGUUCUUCCAAAAGAUGUGUUGCUGUGGUUGA